AAGGGCCCGGGUCAUUCUGCGUCACUUCCUCCUACUCCUUGUCCUUGGCAUCCUCGCCGUCCAGGAUAAACGCAUGGCCAAAAUGAGCAAAGAGACCAAACAGCGGCUGCAGCAGCUUUUCCAGUGCGGCCAGUUUGUGAUCCGAUGGGGCUUUAUCCCAACCGUGCUGUACCUCGGUUUCAAACGAGGAGCAGAUCCAGGAAUGCCUGAACCCACAGUCUUAAGUUUGCUAUGGGGCUGAGGAACAUCGCUACAUGGCCAAUCCCCUCCCCUCUUUGAGACCAUGUGACCGACCUGACUUUUGGAAGUCUGGGAAAUGGACAUUAUUUUUCACUUUCUUCUCCACAAAUCAUAAUGUCCAGUGUCUAAGAAAUAAUGAUUUAAUUAUCUGUGCUCCAUGUGUGUG